CGAUCUUUAAAACACGGAGGACCAGAUAUUCCCGACAACGAUUUAAUUAUGUUGUCAUCAUCAUCACCGGCCUCCACCACCGCACAUCCUCCUCCGUCGCCGGAAACAUACCAAACUCCUCUGAGAUUACUUUCCUUGCCGCAGAUUACCCGUAGAUACCUUUUCAAGACUCUCUCCUUAUGUCUCGCCGCACCAUCACUCUCCAUCGCACCAGUCCACGCACGUGGCCUCUUUCAAAUGCCCCCUCUCCGUCUCUCUAAUCGUUACUACCUGGUGAGAGCUGGUGAAUCUGAUUACGAAAGCUUGGGGGUCAUCAACACAAACCCGGUGGCCAAAACAUCGGUAGAUAGCGGAUUGUCGGAGAAAGGUAAGAAGCAGACGGUGAGAGCUGCGUUACAGUUAAAGGAAAUGGGGGCAUGUGACAGAAACUGUUGGCUCUGGCCUUCCAUUACACAGAGAGCUUAUCAGGCUGCUGAAAUCAUCGCUUCCAUCAAUGGGAUUAGUCGCAGCUAUAUAGUUCCGGAAUAUAGCUUCCUUGAUGCUCGCGGUUUAGGAGCUUACGAAGGCAAGAAGCUUGAUUCCAUAUCAGAAGUGUAUGCAUUAGACUCAAUAUCGAUGAAGACAAAACCUCCUCCUAUAACCGAUGGUACGCCUAAUGAGAGUGUGUCAGAUGUAUUCGUGCGUGUGACGCAGCUCAUGUCCAUUCUCGAGACUCAAUACUCAGAGGACACGGUCGUCAUUGUAUCGCCUGAUUCAGACAACUUAUCUAUCUUACAAGCUGGUGUUCAAGGCCUCGACCUACGAAGGCAUUCAGAGUUGUAUUUUGGACCAGGAGAAGUAAGAUUGUUAGAUGCAGACAGCAUCCCUGUCUAUAAGCAACCUGCAUCUGCUGUAUAUAAAUGCACAAACCCACCAAACUGUGACUAAUGUCAGUUCUGUUAGUAUAUUAAGUUCAGAUACAGUUAUGAUUAAAGACACAUAAUGUUGAAGUUCAA